AUGGAGAAUCCGAUGGGCUUCCUGGAGUUGGUUCCAGGGAGUGUGGUUCCAGCCAUGGCUCCCGAGUGGCGGGAUCAGAGCAUCUACUGCCCUGGCCACUGGGAGGGUUCUAGAAUCCAUGAGAGAAGUAAUCAGUCAUCAACCCUGGAAUUUAUCCUCCUGGGAGUUAAUGGUCAACAGGAACCAGAUUUCUUCUGCUUCUUUCUUCUCUUCUUCUUCUCCUUCUCCUUCUUCUUAUUUGUUUACCCCAUGACACUGAUUGGAAAUGUGCUCAUCAUCUUGGCCAUUUACUCUGACAUUCACCUUCACAACUCAAUGUAUUUUUUCCUUGCCAACCUCUCUUUGGUUGACAUCUUCUUCUCACCUGUAAGCAUCCCUAAGGUGAUAGCCAGCCAUCUCUUGGGCAGCAAAAUCAUCUCCUUUGGAGGAUGCCUAACACAGAAGUAUUUCAUGCUUGCCAUGGCUAACACAGACAGCCAUAUGUUGGCUGUGACUGCAUAUGAUCGAGCUGUGGCCAUCAGCUGCACACUCCACUACACAACAAUUGUGAGUCCAAAGUCUUGUGUCCUGCUACUUGUUGGGUCUUGGAUGGUUGGAAACACCAAUUCCCUCCCCCACACUCUGCUCACAGCUAGUCUGUCCUUCUGUGGCAACCACGAAGUGGCCAACUUCUACCAUGACAUUGCCUCUUUGCUCAAGCUGUCCUGUUCUGACAUCCACCUUAAUGUGAAGAUGAUGUACCUGGAGGUUGGUGUUUUCUCUGUGCCACUGUUGUGCAUUGUUAUCUCUUAUAUUUGGUUUUUUUCCACAGUCUUAGGGGUUCCAUCCACCACGGGUGUGCUCAAAGCCUUCUCCACUUGUGGUUCUCACCUCAGAGUUGUUUCUUUGUAUAAUGGGAUAAUCAUGGGCAUGUAUUUAUGUCCUCUGACUAGGUACAGUCUAAAGGAUGCAGUGAUAACUGUGACGUACAUGGCAGUGACCCCAAAGUUAAAUCGUUUCAUCUCUAGUCUGAGAAAUCGGGACACGAAGGCUGCCCGGUGGAAACUCUUCAGCAAGAGGAUCUCCUCAUGCCGGGUGAGGGUUCGCCUCGGAGACUGCAACAUGCACUUGAAAGUCCACCCUCAACAGCGGCAGCAUAAGAAUAUUGGGCACAUGUGCCAGUGCUUCUACUGA